GGGGCGGUGCAGCGGCGGGGGAGGCGGCGCCUGGCCGGUAGGAUGGGCCGGGCCGGGGAGUUUAUCCCGCUGGAAGGGAACAGUGUCCCCGGCUGAGACUUGACAGCACCAGGCAUUACAAUGGUUGACACAGAAAUGCCGUUUUGGCCGAUUAAUUUUGGAAUUAGCCCAGUGGAUCUGUCUGCAAUGGAUGAUCAUACACAUUCCUUUGACAUAAAACCAUUUACCACUGUUGAUUUUUCAAGCAUUUCUUCACCACACUAUGAAGAUAUUCCUCUUGCAAGAACUGAUCAGACCAGCAUUGAUUAUAAAUAUGAUAUCAAGCUCCAGGAUUGCCAAAGUGCAAUCAAAAUGGAGCCUCCUUCCCCACCCUAUUUUUCAGAAAAAGUUCAGUUGUACAAUAAACCUCAUGAGGAGUCUUCCAACUCCCUUAUGGCUAUUGAAUGUCGUGUGUGUGGGGACAAAGCCUCUGGAUUUCAUUAUGGUGUGCAUGCAUGUGAAGGUUGUAAGGGCUUUUUUCGAAGAACCAUCAGAUUAAAGCUAAUUUAUGACAGGUGUGAUCUUAAUUGUCGCAUCCAUAAAAAAAGCAGAAAUAAAUGUCAGUACUGCAGAUUUCAGAAAUGCCUUGCUGUUGGAAUGUCACACAAUGCCAUCAGGUUUGGGCGAAUGCCACAAGCGGAGAAGGAGAAGCUCCUGGCAGAGAUUUCCAGCGACAUCGACCAGCUAAACCCUGAAUCUGCUGAUCUGCGAGCACUUGCCAAGCACUUGUAUGACUCAUACAUAAAGUCCUUCCCUCUGACCAAAGCCAAGGCGAGGGCGAUCUUGACAGGAAAAACGACAGACAAAUCACCAUUUGUUAUUUAUGACAUGAACUCUUUAAUGAUGGGAGAAGAUCAGAUCAAGUGUAAGCAUGUGUCACCGCUGCAGGAGCAGAACAAAGAGGUAGCAAUUCGCAUUUUCCAGCGAUGUCAGUUUCGCUCUGUGGAGGCAGUGCAGGAGAUUACAGAAUUUGCCAAGAACAUUCCAGGUUUUGUGAAUCUUGACCUGAAUGAUCAAGUAACUCUCCUGAAAUACGGUGUCCAUGAGAUCAUAUAUACUCUCCUGGCUUCUCUGAUGAAUAAAGAUGGAGUUCUUAUAUCUGAUGGACAAGGUUUCAUGACACGGGAGUUUCUGAAGAGCCUGAGAAAACCUUUUUGUGACUUUAUGGAGCCCAAGUUUGAGUUCGCUGUGAAGUUCAAUGCACUGGAAUUAGAUGACAGUGACCUGGCAAUAUUUAUAGCUGUCAUUAUACUAAGUGGAGACCGCCCAGGUUUGUUAAAUGUGAAGCCCAUUGAAGAUAUACAAGACAAUCUGCUGCAAGCUUUGGAGCUCCAGCUAAAACUGAAUCAUCCAGAGUCAUCACAGCUGUUUGCCAAAUUGCUUCAGAAAAUGACGGACCUCAGACAGAUUGUAACGGAACACGUGCAGCUGUUGCAAAUAAUAAAGAAAACGGAGACAGAUAUGAGUCUUCAUCCACUCCUACAAGAAAUCUAUAAAGACUUGUAUUAAUGAUGAUAGUAGUUCUAAUCCGCUGACAUAAUGUAUGUUCUUCAGAUUGCACUAUUUCUUUGAGGGAAAACUUUGCAUACCUAAGAAAUUACUGUGAAACAGCAUUUAAAAAAGAGAGAGCUUAGUAUAGUAGAUCUAUUUUAUGCAUAUUGUUUAUAAAGACACAUUUACAAUUUACUUUUAAUAUUAAAAAUAUCUAUAUCAUGAAAUUGUUGGCAGUAUUUUCAAAAUUAUUUUUUUUUAACUAUCUUAUUUCUUAAAAUUGCUUGUCCAGUAUGAUUGCUUCACUGCUUCACUGAAGUUGGUUAAGCAUGCAGUUAAAUUUUCAACUUAAAAAUAAAAAUCUUUCUCCUUAAACAUUUCUAGGGAAAUAUUUUAAGUAUUAUGUUUGAUUCUGUGCUCCCAAGGCAGCAGCAAAAUAACAGUAAAAUUGAAUCACAGAUUAGUGAAACUUCCUGUGAGACCUUAAAAGUUAGACAAGUCAGGUCUGAUAAUAUUUGUGCCUACCAUAAUAUAAUUUUACACUGAUACAGCUCUUUAGAAAGGUCUUUGUGUAAGCAAGAAUUAGGCCCAUCAUUUGUGGGCAAACCCAAAAACCAAAAACUUGACCCCGUUUCAAAAAUCGAGUAAGGAAAGAAUAUCCACUGCUCAUUAGGAAGCAGUCUUGUCGAUAACUCUGCUCAUGCAAUUCCGAGGCAGGUGAGCAGCAGCCUGCGCGGAGGCACUGUGCAGCUGCCUCCCCAUGGCCUGCAGUGCAUGUGCCACAGCAGCUAGUGCUAAUGCAGCCUUCAGCCACUGUCUGUAGUUGGAAUGUGUUAAUACCACUUGGCCUGAGACCUUCCCAAAUUAUUUGAUGAACUAGCACUGAAAAACAUCUUCAGCCAAAAUGUCACGUAAAAUUGGAAUAGAGUGACUCCUCUUAAACAAAAGCAAGGUUUGAAUUCAUUCUUGAAAACAUUAACCUGUAAUGGAAACCCUACUAUGUUAGUUUGACUUGAACUAUCAUUAUUUAUCACCAGGAACAAGAAUGCUUUGAGAUAUUCACUGCUGUUAAGAUUGGUAAUUUUCUUAUAUAUAUUGCCCUAUAAUGUCAUCUAAGAUUUCCACUGGGAGCAAAGCAUAGGAGAGUGAGUAAAUCAAUCUUCUUUUGGUAUUCUCAGUGCAGUUGAGAGAUUCCCUUAGAUUCACAGGUACUGUGGCCACAUUUACUGUUUGUGAAUGUGACCGUUGAGAAAGUCAAGCAGGUGUGGUCCACACUGGGGGACCUGGAGAGGGAAUUUUGAAAAAAAAAAGCCUCUGAUUGUAACAUACAUUAUUGAAGCAAGAUGCGGUCCUCAACUGAAUACCGUUAGUUUCCCCGCAAGGUCCAGAUUUUAUUUAUGUAGCAAAAAGUGUGCCUUCAACUUAGUUAGACAAGUUCAGUGGUGAUAUAUAAGUGGCCCAAAAGGAAAUGUAAGUGGGAAUAUGUGAGUAGACUUGAUGUUCAGUGAGUCCAAAUUGGCCUUACUCCCAGUGUGGACCUUAGAAUCUAAGUUGGUGCAAAUUAUGCAAUAUAGAGGCUGGCAGAGUUAAAUAUUAAAAUAAAUCCUUAUGCUCGUGCCUUAUGUACCUGAAAAUAUUUCCUACUACUUGUUUCAGAUAACCCCUGGGCCUAUGGUCAGUAGUAAGCAUUAUGCCCACCAGGAAGUGUUUGGAGAAUUGGAUCAUUCAGCCUCAAGGUUUAAAACCCACAGAUGAAAUUGCAGAGAGAUGAAGUCAGUGUGAGGCUAAAGUGAGCAGCUUUGAUCUUCACUAAGCUCGCAAUGAGUUCAUCUCAGGUAACUUAGGAAAGAUUGCCCUAAAGCAAAUGGAAUGUUGCAUGUUAAUGAUGCUCAGGAUUGCAUGUUUCCUGCACAUUUCAAGAUAGGCACAUUGUGCUAGCUGAGCAUCAGAUUCUGACAGGAAUUACAUGCACACUAAUUUAUGAUUGUUACAAUUCUAAAGAAAGUAUUCUCUCUCUUAUAAAUCUGUUUUCCACUGGACACUGGACAUUUGAAGUUUUGCCAUCUACCACUCAGUGGGAGAACCUCUAUUUAAUUAGACUUCACCCCCUGGAUAGCAGAAUGUGCCAGAGACUGACUGGUAAUGAGAUGGACCACAGCUCCAAUACUGCAUUCCUACAAUAGUCCUAAUAAUAAUUCCUAAUAAUAUACACUGCAAAAUUUAUUAACCCGAGACUGCAUUUCUUACACAAUCCAAUUUCACAUCAGCAUCACUAGAAAUGAGAUAUCAGAAUUAGAUUUAAAUAAAGAGGAAUUCUAGGGCAUGUUCUUACAUAAGUAAUAUUAAAUAUUAUUUGCAAAGGACAGUGGAAGAGAUGCAUUGACAAUAAAAUUUACUUCAUGACUGUUACAAGAAGAACUUCUGUAUAUCUUAAUUCUAUUUUAUUGCAAGUGGUAAUAUUUUUGAAAGUAGCAGUUUAGCAGUGGCACUGCUUAAGGAUUUCAGUCCAAUAUGGACAUAUACAAUGCAUAUAUUUUGAGAGUGGUAGGGUAAUGGUCUAAAGAAAAAAAGAGAAGGCAGAUUUGCAGGAACAGGUGUUAUCCUUUAUUAUUUUGAAGGCACUGAAUGCCCAAAAGUCUAUACUUUUCAUUCAACUGUAUAAGCUGCUUUAAUAAAAUAUAUUGUUCUCCCUACAUCCUGGCUUCUCUUACAUUUUGAUAGUUAUUCAUCACGUUUUCCUCAAGCCAAGGAAAAUGUUAAUUUUUAUGUGAAUUACUAAUCACAGAAAUGUUCUGAUUCUAAGCAGUUACAUCAUGGUUAGGAAGUUUUGCCUAAAAUACUUUUCUACAAGAAUAGGUCUUAAGGGAAAAAUGUUAAUUUAAUGGACAAUUGCUAUGUACUAAUUUAGAACAAAUGACUGUUAUGAGGAUAUGAAAACAUUUUCUCAAAAAAUAGUGUUUUCUCUUGUGAAUUAUAUUCAGAAUUUUGAUCUAAUUGUAAAUACUUUUUGUUUCUAUGGGAUUUUAUUUAUUAAAAACAAAAAACUUGCUAAUGGAA